UGAGUGCACACUCGAACUUUUACUUAAAAGCUGAAUUUAUCGUUCACUUUUAGCGCUACAUAUAAGAGAAUAUGACAUUGCAUACAAACCAACCUUUAUAGAGAGUGGGUGUCUUUUAUUGAACUUUAACAUCUCGACUUUUAAUCAGCGAAGGCUCUUUUUCGUCUCGAAGCGCUCCGCAGGCGGCGAUGCAUUUGCACACGGUGCGUGUCCCCAGUAGCGAUCACAUGGCUGUCCGCAUCGCGUGUGUUUGAACCCCGGCCAGUCGGUCAGGAUAUCAGAGCUGCUGGUGAGCGUUCAUCGAGAGGAGACAACGCAACUUUAAGAGCACCUCGACAAUAAAUAGAUAUUACGUUUAGAUGAACACAACUGUAGCUUUUCUUGGACGUAUUUGUAAGUCACUUUUGAAUUUGGACUUUUUUUUUGGAGCAUGUUUUUAUUUUAGUCUUGUCACUUUUGAGGGAUUUCUUUAAAUUAGUUGUUCUCCAAGAAGCCAAUCAUGUUCAAAAAGAAGAAUCCAGAAAGACUGAGACUGGUGUCAGACUUGAAGAACUCGUAUAACGGUUUGGGAAGUGUGCCCAACCAGACGGCCUUCCAGGUAGACGCCACUGGUGGCAUCAAGCAUUGCCACGACAACAGCCACGCGGAGGAGGAUCGUGACCGAGAGAAGAAAGUGGCCAGGAGGAGGUUGUACGUGGUCUCUGUCAUCUGCCUGGUUUUCAUGGUUGGUGAAAUCGUCGGUGGGUAUUUAGCAGGCAGUCUUGCGGUGAUGACAGAUGCUGCCCACCUGCUUGCAGACUUCAUCAGCUUCCUCAUCAGCCUGUUAUCCCUCUGGCUCUCCUCCAGACCUGCCACACACAAGCUCAGCUACGGCUGGCAUCGCGCAGAGAUUCUGGGUUCUCUGCUGUCAGUUUUCACCAUCUGGCUGGUAACAGGAGUGUUGGUUUACCUGGCUGUGGAGCGUCUCAUCAACAAUGACUUCACCAUCGAGGGCACUAUCAUGCUCAUUACCUCUGGUUGUGCUUUGUUGGCUAAUAUUCUCAUGGCCCUCAUCCUUCACCAGUCCGGCCACGGCCACAGCCACGCGGGUCUCGGCUCACACGGCCACAGCCACAAGAAAGGGAACGAGCACAAUCAAGUUUUAAACCACACAAACCAGAGAGAUGACCAGGCAGACGCCGAGCAAAACAGGGCUGCUAACGGAGGGAGGGCUCUGCAGGACAACGCCAGUGUGCGAGCGGCCUUUGUCCAUGUGUUGGGAGAUCUUCUCCAGAGCGUCAGCGUGUUUCUCAGCGCCAUCAUUAUCUUCUUCAAGCCAGAAUAUAAGAUCGCUGACCCCAUCUGCACCUUCCUGUUCUCCAUAUUUGUCUUGUGCACCACCAUCACCAUCUUGAGGGAUAUUCUUCUUGUCCUGAUGAAUGGCACUCCUGCGGGGGUGAAGUACGGUGAGGUGCGGGAUGGUCUUCUAGCCGUGAAGGGGGUGAAGGCGGUCCACAACCUUCACAUCUGGGCCCUCACCAUGAACCAGACUAUACUGACUGCACACGUAGCCAUAGACGAGACAGUGGACGCUCAGACGGUCCUAAGAGAAAUGACACAGGCUUGUAUCUCCUCCUACAACUUCCACUCUGUUACAAUUCAAAUGGAGAGACUGGCCGACCUGAAGCCUGGAUGUACCCUGUGUGAGGAGCCCAAGAUGUAGGAACCUGCCGUAGUUCUUUUUACCCGAGCCCAUCAGAGUAAAAGGCUACGCUUUGACUGCUGUAACAUCGGCACUGCUCUCUGGUUCCUGAGUUUUUUUUUUUUUUACUGUGACAUUCAUGCCAAAGUCAAAUGGCUGUGCCCGUGUGUUGAUACUUCCAAAGAAAUAUUUACGUUGAAAUAUGUGAGUGAAGGGCUUGUUCAUGAUUUUAAAUUAUUUCAGAAGAAAGGUUCCCGAUCCACACCAUUCCCUGUGCGGGAAGUUUUAACUAAAAUAUUCCUAAGAUUUAUUUGCUUUUAAGUGUAUUCGUGUUGAAAUAUAAAUCACAAUAAACUAAAUUCAUCCUUUUAUGGAUCAAUA